GUUAAAAGUUGUCGAAUUUAAAAUAUAAUUUUUAUUGCUAUAUAGAAAAUUAAAAAUGGUGAAUUUAAUACCAUAUAUGCGUUCUGUAUUAAUUUAUCAAGAUUAUGUUUUAAAAAGAUGUAUACACACCAGUACUGUACUUAAUAAAACACAAGCUGGUCGUUAUAGACCAAAAAUAAAAUUAUCUCAAGCACUGACAUAUGAAAUGGCUAAUGGGCCUCAUCACAUAGCUGACAGAAAAUCUUGGAAUUCAUGGAAUACUUCAAAUAUAAAGGAUGGUAACAGACCAGCAGAAACUGCAAUAGAAGAUAUAUUUAUUCGAAAUUUUAUAAAUGGAACUUGGUAUGGAUUAUUUGCAAGUGAGAUAAUUAUUAAACGUCAACAUAAUAUAAUUAGAAUAGUCGGUUUAAUUUACCGUAAAGUAUAUCCAAAUAAAAUAUAUUUUUUGAUUGGUUUUACUGAAGAACUUUUAUCGUUUUGGUUACACUGUCCCGUGAAAAUUAAUAUAUUCUU